AUGAAUGUCGGAAAGCAUGGAAAAAUCUAUGGCGAUCAAGUUUCAAUCCACAAAAAGCACUUAUGCAAAUUUCUGUUUGAAGUCAACAACUCAACAAUCGUCGGCGCAAUCAAAACCGACUCUCAAGAAAACCACGAAAAAACUUGGGAUCCAGUAGAUACGACCCUGGUCAUUCUGACCCUUGUUGGUUGGAUGCUUCUAUUGGUUGUUUGUUUCAACAAAUUUGUCGACGUCCUGGCUUAUCAUGCUAUUCGAAACGAGUCGCAAAUUGACAAAAACUACCGAAAAUAUCUUCAUGCGAGGGUUCAGAUUGUCAAGCCUUCUGAGAGACGCAAUGCUUUCGUAAUUGAAAAUAAAGAUGCAAGAGACAGACGAUCAUCAGAGUUUCGACGAAGCCAAUCAGAAAUCGGGGAUGAUUUUGACGAUCUGGAAUUUAUGGAUUGCCAAGAAUUUACUGUUUUCUGA